AUGUCAUUCACCGGCCAGGAUGACCCAUUCUUACAGGCUCAGGCUGAUGUCCUAUCCACUUUGAAGACCACGAGAUCAUUAUUCUCCUCCUACCUUCGAAUAAGAUCUCUCGCCUCAUCCGCAUCAUCUCCUGAGCUGGCACAAGCUCGCAGCGAGCUCGAGUCCACCGUCCAAGAUCUCAGCACAGACCUACAAGACCUAGUAGACAGCGUAAAGGCUGUCGAAGGGGAUCCUUUCCGAUAUGGAUUGGAUAUUGAUGAGGUGGGGCGAAGGCGAAAGCUGGUACAAGAUGCCGGAGGUGAAGUUGAAAGUAUGCGGCAAGAGCUCGCAAAGACCGUUAUUGGCGCCCAGAGCAAAGGCCAAGGCAUGAACGGAACACUGCCCCCACCAUCGGCUUUUGACCCAGAUGAACCUGACGGCGAUGAUUAUGGCGUCUUCGAACAGCAAAGACAAGUUGAGAUGAUGCAUGAGCAGGAUGAGGCGCUAGAUGGUGUAUUCAAGACCGUGGGAAAUCUACGACAGCAAGCAGACGAGAUGGGUAGAGAGCUUGAAGAGCAGGGAGAGAUGCUCGAAGAUGCGGACAGGCUGGCCGAUAGAGUGGGAGGCAAGCUGCAGAACGGCAUCAAGAGAGUUGGCUGGGUCAUAAAGAAUAACGAGGAUACAUGGUCAAGUUGCUGCAUUGGCAUCCUGAUAUUUGUCUUGAUACUUCUCCUCGUCCUCGUUCUCAUUCUGUGA